UAUUAUACAAAACAGAACCAGAAAAAAAACAGAACCACGAGGGGUUAAACUGGGAACUAAGGAUGAAAAUAAAGGUGGAAGGGAACAAGAACUGAAUACAAGGAGGUACGAGGCAGGACCCAUAGACGGAGGACUCUCACAGGUAGAUACAGGGGUGACUACAUGGACGAAGACAAUAACACUGACCUUCAUGACCAAGCUGGGGAAUACAGUGAGGGAAGGUUAAUAUACACAUGGAGCACGAUUACUGUCUGACAAAAGGUUGUAGCUUUGGUAUAGUUUUGUUCCCCAAGGUACAAACAACAUUAAUGUACCCCCAAUAGUACAAAAAUGUUCCUCAGCGUCCAUUCUGGUACCUUAAAUUAGACGAAAAGGUACAUUAAUAUCUACAACUAAGGUAGAAUUGGCAGACCCUUGAGGGUACAACCCUAGUGACAAGGAUUUUUUUUCCGAAAGCGUAGAGACAGGUGCAGACAUUUGACACAUUAUUUUGAUGAUAAUUAGAUGCUUAAGAAAUGGCCAACGACAUCUGCCAGCCAAGGAGACACAAUAAAUUUUCAUUUGGAUUGAGAUCUGGACUGUUUGCUGGCCAUGUGAUUGAGAUGAUAUGCAUUUCCUGAAGAAAAGCUUUAACACUUUAUGCUCUGUGGCAAGAUGCAUUAUCAUCCUGAAAAAUCGCUGAAUCAUCACCAAAAAAAAAAAAUUGUAUCGCUGUACAUCUGUGCAUUGACUGGUAAUGAUUGCCAUCUCCCCUGCUCCUUAAUAUGACAUACUACCCCAUAUCAUAAGUGAUACAGCAUGACAAUGAAAUGUCAUGCCAGGGAAAUUUGCUUGUUUUCUUCAGGCAGUCAUCUUUAUAAAAGUUCCAGCAUCACCUCCUUGGCCAAUGCAGAUUCGUGAUUCAUCACUGAAUAUCACUUUCAUCCAGUCAUCCACAGUCCAAGAUUGCUUUUCCUUAGCCCACUGUAACCUUGUAUGGUAUUCUUUUGGCUUCUCUGUAUGUAAAUCAGCUGAUUUCUUACAGUUCUAUCACAAAUGUUGACUCCUGUUUUAGCACAUUUGUUUCUCAAUUGUUUUUUGUGCAUUUUCUAUUUUUAAGGCAUAUUGCUUUGAUUUUCAAUCCUGACACUUUGAUGUCUUCAUUGGCCUAACCACAUAUUUUUCUUAAAUGAAUAAUCUUCCCAUUUUUUAUAACUGCACCAAAUUUUAGACAUAGCUCACUGGGAACAACCAACAUCUUUUGCCAUACACCAUUCUGGAUUUUCUUCUUGAAGUUUUAUAAUCCAACAGCUAAUUAAGGUCUGUAAGUAUUCUCUUUUAACUGCAGACUAAUUUGUAUUUGCAUUGUUUUAGAAAUGCAAAUUACAAGGUGACUCCAUAUUUUUUUCCUCUACUCGAUCUUGACAAAAAUAUACCUUCCAUAAAAAUUAACAUUUUUUUGUUGAGGUAUGUUCCAUAAAGCCAAAAAUUUCAGUUAAACAAAAAUCGUUUUCUGUCCUGUUAUUUGUUUAUUUGCUACAAAGUAUAAACAAAUCUGAGUGAACAUCUUCUAAGAGUGAUGACUCCAGAAUAUUUUGCCACGGGUUGUAUACUCCAAUCUUCACAUUUGCCCAGAAAUAUCUGAGGAAUUUGUGUAAUGGCAUGAAGAAGGUCAGUUGCACUGAUGAAGUUCACAUUUACAUUCGGUUUAUAAUCUAGCACAGUAUUUCCAGAUUCCCAGGUGAAUGGCUGCCUGAGAAAUUAUGACAUACAAACCCCUUCGGGAGAUAAUGGUUUGUAAGUAUGAUUACAAUGCUACUUAUGUGUUGGUGUAUUCACCAAGUAAAUGGGCCAGCUUAAUCUCCCAGCUUAACUUUUAUGAGGAAAAAAAAUACAUUUGAGACUGAAGAUGGUUUCAGUGCAUAAAGAACAAAUACAGGUGUAAAAAAACUGUGGAACAGGCUGUACCAUACCUGAUGGCAUUAAUAUCGGAGCGUAAGGGGGUUGUAGUAGUUCACUAUUACUUAAGUAGUGAAUGAAAUCCUCCAACCUAUAGAUCGUCCUAGGGACCAUUAUUAAAGAUAAUUAUUACAACUGAAUUACUACUCUACUCCUCAAGUUAACGCCCAAUAUUGUCAUGGGAAAGCAUUUUUUAAAACGACAUGCUUAAGAAUAUAUGUCGCUACUUCCUUAUUGACGAUUAACGCCAAUGAGACAAUUAACUCUAAUGGGUUUAUUAAGUUCUCAAAGGUGAGUCUGUGUAAAACAUACAAAAUGUCACUCAAACCUCAUGAGCGAGUAAAUAUUAUUUACUCGCAUUAUAUUCAACUAUCCCUGAUUGACGCCUAAUAAUAUUCCACCGUCCUCCGUUGGUUUCACAUUUUGUAUCGUUCUCUCUGAUUGGUACAGUUAAAUGCUUCGCUGUUUGGGAUUGCUGUGUCGUAACUCCUCUUGUCAGUGAUUGGUGCGUAGUUUAUACUUUUCUGUUUCCUGGUUGGUCACGCUCCGAACGUGAAUUCCGUUUCCUUCUCGUAACCUGCACUGGAGCGUUUACGGGCAACAUGGCGCUCCCAUUGAGCCGCUGCUGGAGGUGGACUUUAGGGAGUAGUACCGGUAUAUCCUUAUUAAAUACUGUAUGUAGCGGUAAUGGACGUCCUGCUGCUAUUGCGACCGCGUCGAUUUUGUCUGGGGACAGGCUUGUGAAUCUAGCGUCAGUCAAGAAAUUCAGGAGUCUUUCGAGGGAUAAUUUCCGGUCGCUCCCCAGUUCAGGAAGUGCCUGUACCUGCAGCGAGGUUCACAGCGAUGCCAAAAUAAAAGACCCAUUUGCGCUCGCACAGAAAGACUUGAGGAACUUGUACGAUGACAUCAAGAAGGAGAUGUUUGUAUCUGUUGCAGAGCUAAAAUCUUUGUGUGACUACUACUUUGACGGGAAGGGCAAAGCUUUCCGGCCUAUGAUAGUGGUACUGAUGGCUCGUGCCUGUAACCUCCACAGCCACCGAGAUGGUGAUCUUCUGCCAGCCCAGCGCUCUAUAGCGAUGAUCUCAGAGAUGAUCCACACGGCAAGUCUGGUGCAUGACGAUGUCAUCGACGGGUCUGACAUAAGGAGAGGCAAAACCACCAUCAACAAUGUCUGGGGCGAGAGAAAGGCGAUUCUGGCUGGAGAUUUCAUCCUGUCUGCAGCGUCCAUGGCUCUUGCCCGGAUUGGCAACAACACCGUGGUAGCAGUAUUGUCUCAAGUCAUUGAGGACUUGGUGAGAGGUGAAUUCAUGCAGCUGGGAUCCAAAGAAAACGAGAAUGAGCGAUUCAAACACUACCUCGAGAAAACCUUCAAGAAGACCGCCAGUCUGAUCGCGAACAGCUGUAAAGCAGUGUCGAUUCUUGUUAGCUCUGACCCUGAGAUCCAUGAAAUUGCGUAUCAGUACGGAAGGAACAUCGGAAUCGCAUUUCAGCUGGUGGAUGAUAUACUGGACUUCACAUCAUGUGCAAACCAGCUAGGAAAGCCCUCUGCUGCUGACCUCAAGCUUGGCCUGGCCACAGGACCAGUUCUGUUUGCCUGUCAGCAGUUUCCUGAGCUGCAUGCCAUGAUCAUGAGGAGAUUUGGCUCCAGUGGGGAUGUGGACCGGGCCUGGCAGUACGUUCUUCAGAGCGAUGGCGUCCAGCAGACCCUGUAUCUCGCCCAGAGCUACUGCCAAGAGGCCAUCCGGCAGAUCAGCCAGCUGCGCCCAUCCUCGGAGCGUGAGGCGCUAAUCCAGCUGAUGGGGCUGGUCCUGAGCCGGGACAAGUGAUCGCCGCCCCCUCCAUCCCACCGACAACCCAGGCAGCUCCAGGAUCGUGUGGCGGAGCAGGGGGAACCCGCCCUGCUUGACCUGCCAAAGGUUAACGAGGAACGAAAGAUGAUUAAGGCAGCACGGUACUACAUGCUCUGUCCUCCAUGACUGGGGAGGGACUUUGACUCCAGGGGUUGACAGGAGUGGAAAUGUCACUGGGGAUUCGAAGUCCCUGGAGAGCUGUGUGGUCAAAGGCCUGAGAGAUUACUCAGCUGUGACCUGUAUGACGUGGGUGCGGUGCUUCUCAAUGUUUUCGAUAUUCAAGGCCUUAAUACACUUGUCAUGUAUUCGAAUAAAAAUGAUUUUUAUUAA